AUGAAAUCGGACCCCAAACACCAAAAACGCUGGCUAAGAUAUUAAAUUGCAAUAUCAUAGAUACGAUCAUUGAAUUACUUCGCGAUGAAGCUUCUCGAGUGUUUUGCGGUCGGUCUUGCCAUAAAGCAGACUGCAGCCAUUGGGUUCUCGACCUAUGCACAGCUCGUCGAAGGGGCAGAUAACUCUGGCCAGAUCGCAUAUUCAAAGCCAGACCGCUCCACGACAUUAUUUCUUUACAUUCAGAUUACUCCGGAUGGAGCUGACCAUAGUAAUAUAAUCAGCCAGUUCAACACCUUGGCUGAAAACUAUGGAAGUCAAGGAAUUUCAGUGAUUCCCCGAGUGCGCUACGGUUAUUCAGAUGGAUCCAUCGCAACUGAACCGGACGAGAGCAUACUCAUGAACGAUGUCUCGACAUGGGCAGGCGUCUUUUCAAAUAUCACCGGUACAAUCGAUAUUCCAGUGAUUCAGGCUGGAUUCCUGGGACAAUGGGGAGAGUGGCAUGAUGGACAAUACUGUCAAGCCCACGGAACUGCCGAUACAGCGGCAGACCUCAAAAUCAAGAAGAGCAUUGUCGACACUCUUCUAGGAAGUGGACACAAAGUUGCACUUCGAUAUCCUCAGGAUCACCAGGCUAUGUAUAACGGCAGCCGCACAGUCACUCUCCACGACGAUUGCAUCUUUGAUGGAGGUCCCAACGGCACCGAUGGAGGUACAUGGCCAUCCGAUGAUCGCCAAACCUGGAUUGACUAUACGAAAAAGGUUUCUUCCAAUAAUACUUUCGGCGGAGAGGGAUGUGACGAUGCUGGGGAUGCAACAUUUGACUGGUCGGAUUACGGCGCUGUGUGCGGCAGUGAUGGAAUUGCCGCUUACAUCAACGCUUUCCAGAUUGCAUAUCUCAAUGCUUACAACCCCAAAAAAUUUCAAGCGCUAUUUGAGGAUUCGAGCGAGACAGACUGUGUAAAUGCAAUUCAAGCCGCGCUCGAGCAGUGGAGUUAA